AUCACUGAGUGCACAGUAGUGGAGCGCUGCUCCUUCACUAUUGAACCUCCAUUAAUGCAUCUUCAUCUUAUGGUCUCCGACUCUGGGGAGAGGCAGCUCUUGUUUCGUUAAAGGAUGUUGCGGGAAUGACUUUGUUGUUGUAGACUGCUUGCCAGUCUACAACGAAGGGAACAUAAACACGGAUUCCAGCUUUUACGUCCCUGACACUGCCUGCAGUUUCUCCAUGGAGGAGGACAGUGACGUGGACAUGGGCGAAGUGUUCACUACGGGUCACUGGUGGAUGAUGAACUUGGGGAAUGGGGGCAGCAUUCGGGCCGAACGAGGCUGCAUGGUGAACAGUCGCAGCUGGGCUGAGGAGCUUCAGGAGUGUUACAAUGCGGGACAGAAGAGACUGUCCGUCAUUUCGGCCCAGAGGAAUGAGAGAGAGUCCAUCAGACAGAAACUUGCCCUCGGCAGUUUCUAUGACGACGAGCCAGUCAUCUUCACCAGCUGCAGCAAAAACGAUUCGUCCUCUGGUUUACAAAACCUGCAGGUGUGUUUUGUCAACGACAGCAGCAGCGACAAAGACAGUGAUGCGGAGGACAGCAGGACCGAAACCAGUCUGGAUACACCCUUGUCACCUGUGAGCAAGCAAAGCUCGUCGUUGUCGGAUCGGGACACGGCGGAGGAGGACUCGGAUCCGUUAGAUGACUGCGGCGGGUUCUGGCGGGUGCAGCGAAAGCUCCAGGAGGAGGCCAGGGUGGCGCUGGCUCUGGCGAGGCCCAUGGCCAGGAUGCAGGUGGAGGUGGAAAGACAAAUCCAGCUCCACAGACGCUCACCAGUGGCAGAUUUGCUUCCCCACAUGCCUCACAUCAACGAAGGCCUGAUGAAGAGGAAUCUGAGACGAGGAGACAUGAGGGAGAUGAGUCUUGGGCAGCUCCAAGUCAUCACAAAUGACUUGCACUCACAGAUCCAGACCCCGCUCACUCAGGCGGCGUCGCUUCCGUGUUCUCUCCCCCUCUCAUGGUCUCCGACGCUGCUAAUAAAGGAACAGGUGAUUAGACAACUCGUUCCAGCUGAGAUUAUCCACUCACCUGUCAGCUGCUUCAUGGCCGGCCCCUGCACACACCCCGCCCAAAGGGAACGCGUGGACCACGCCCCUCUGCACAGCAACCCUUCGUAGAAGACGUGUGGAUACACCUGAGUUGUGUUCAAUGUUUAGAGUUUUUCGCAUUCCAUGACAAAUGUAUGCUUUUUUCGUUUUUGUUUACAGUUUUACUAUUAUUGUUUUAUCCAACAAUCUGCCUUUGGACACCACUAUGUUUAUACGAUAUUUUUUGCAUGUUCAGAUCUUUCUCAAGUUUAAAAGACAAUUGUAUGCAUCACAUGCAAUUAAAGAAAAAAUUUAAAAUUGAAAGAGCGAAUACAUUUAGUAAGAAAAGACGAAGUGCUUUAUCGAUGCACUUUACUUCCAGGCUUUGGCGGACCACAUAAAACAAUGUGGCGGGCCAGAACUGGCCCCCGGGCCUUGAGUUGGACACCUGUGAUCAGGAGAAUGUACAAACAACACGGUAAGGUUGUAAAAUACAAACAUACUGCUAGACCAAGGAAAACAUCAAAGCGCCAAAACAGAAAACUUAAAGUAAAUGAAGAACAAAUAGCAGAAACUGGAGCCAGUGUCUGCGUAAUAAACUGUAAAAAAACACCAAAGGAAAUUAGAUUUAAAUACUGAAAAGCUAAACAAAAUCCAAUGGGAGGAGAAAAGGGAAUGGUGGACUUUUGAUGACUGCAUUAAUGUCCUAAUCAGUGAUGAAUCACAACUCUGCACUGAGCAAAGAUGUUGGAACUUUUGUUGGGUGUCCUUCCAAUGAGAUUUCUGAAGACGACUGCCUGAAGAACAUUAGCAUUAGCAUAACAUUAGAUAAUAUGAGGCUGCAUGUCAGGUCAUGGCACUGGGGACAUCAUUACAUCUUCUAUACAUGCACAAGUUGGAUUUUUUAUUUUUAUUCCAUCAGUCAAAAAGAUGUUUGGGGGUGAUGACAUCAUUUUCAAGAUGAUAAUGCCUCUUUAGAGCAAAAACUGAAUACUUUACAUGAGGUCAAUGUCAUGGCCUGCAAAAAGUACGCAGCUCCAAUGUAAAAUGUGAGGUGGAAAUAGAAGAAAAUCGUGGAUGACAAGACUCAAACCUGCAAAGCUGAUCAGCAAUCAAAGAAAGUUGGAGCAAGAGUUCUGUUUGUCACUCGUUAAGUCCAUGCCUCAGAAACUACAAGCUGUUAUAAAAGCCAGAGGUGGUGCAACAAUGUACUACUGUUGUGUUGUGUUUUUGGUUGGCUUUUCAUGAUUCCAUAGUUUCUUUCACUCUGCUGGAUCCAAGAG